GAGGCAGCGGCUGUAGCUCAUAAAUAUUCGUCAAGCAGUUCUAUUGCUACGGGCAAGUCCCUGUGCCCAGCCCGGACUUCUCGAUUUCGUAGUUGAUCUAUUAGAAUUUGCAAUAGAAUAGCAUCUGACAGCUUCUCUACCUCAAGAGGAAAUAACAGAGACUUUUAUCGACUAGUUGUCAUUGUAAUUUUUCACACCCGUUUUUCACUGGAUUUCUGUCCAGUUAUUCUAUUAUCUUUUUAUCCCUUCCGUUCCCUUUUGGAUUUACGAAGGGCGUAUUGGUGGUCAGACUGUGCCGGGAGUUUGUUAUCCUGUCCUUCGAUAUAUUUGAGGAAUGACUGCAACUGGAAAAGGACAGCGAAUCGCUUGAAUGGAAAAAAUGGAAUACAACGAUCUUGAGAACGAUUUUGAUGAGAAACUGACAUUAACAGAGAAAUGUCUCCCCUCCACACCAGAGCCUCGGCCCAUCCAGAAUGAAGACAAGGAGAUAAUCAAGGACCUACUGACACCAGAUGACUCAGACAUUUCAGACCUCUCCCCAAACACAGAGUCCUGUCCCAAAACAGACCUCUCCCCAAACACAGAGAUCUGUCCCAAAACAGACCUCUCCCCAAACACAGAGAUCUGUCCCAAAACAGGGCCCACCUCAAAGACAGAGUCCUCCACCAAGACAGAUGCCAGACCUGGCACCCCUGGGUCUAGUACCAGCCCCCAGCCUAAAAAAGGAGAUGGGUUGAGCACAGAGCAACGACAGAAGCAGGCCAAGGAGCGGAGGGAGGAGAGGGCCAAAUACAUUGAACAGCAAACUCAGCUGCAAGCGGCUAAGAAGGCCCAGUGGCUGGAGAAGGAGGAGAAGGCGAGGCGUCUGAGGGAGAGCCAGCUGGAGGAGCGCAGGAAGAGGCUGGAGGACCAGAGACUGAAGCUUGAGAAACGAAGAGCCCUCCUGGAGGAGAAACAGAGGCAGAAACUUGAGAAGAACAAGGAGCGCUACGAGGCGGCCAUCAAGAAGUCAACCAAAAAGACCUGGGCUGAGAUCCGUCAGCAGAGAUGGUCCUGGGCCGGGGGCCUCAACCAGACCUCGCGAAGACAAAGCAGAUGCUCGGCCUCCACCGUCAACUUGCCGAGACAGGUGGACCCUGUCAUUAACAACAGGCUGUCCAAGUCCUCUGCCACCCUCUGGAACUCCCCCAACAGAACUCGCAGUCUGCGUCUGAGCCCGUGGGAGAGCCGCAUCGUGGAGAGGCUCAUGACUCCCACCCUGUCCUUUUUGGCCCGCAGCCGCAGCGCUGUGACCCUGCUCAACCCCAGCGACUCCCGGGACCUCCACUCUCACCACUGCUCCCGUUCAGCCUCAGCCAGCCCCCUGGACGCCUGCUCCCACCACCACCCUCACCGGAACACCUCCGAGCGCUGGAGGGGAGGAGUGUCCGCCAGCACGCCUGACAUCACACAGCGCCAACGCCGACGGAGCUCAACGCCGUUGGAUAAGAAAAAGAAAGAGAAGAAAGACAAGGAGAGGGAGAACGAAAAAGAGAAGAAUGCUCUUUCCAAAGAGAUCGUGCUGAAGAAGAAGACCUCAACAACGACCCCGACCACCACCAGAUCCAGGCCGGCGUCAAGCAGUACCCCCAAACUGAAAAACAGACCUCCGUCGCCUGCGGCGCCCAAAAGCAGACCGUUGUCCCCCUGCCCUCCAAUGGCCCCCAAGAACCACUCCACAGACAAGAAGACCCCCUCGGGCACCAAAACCCGCCCCAAACGAGCCCAGACACCUGCCAGGGUACAGCCCCAGCCGGUCGCCGCUGUCGCCGUGGAAACAAACAGCGAGCCCCAUCAGCCUGACACUCCUGAGACAAAGAGCACCAGUAACGUUCCUGCCAUUAUGGUGUCUUCGGCGCCGGUGACACCCCCAUCUCUGAGUGCACCAGUCACAGUGGUCACCCCCACUCCUGCCUCAACCCUUGAGCUGGCUACCCCAACUGCCCCAAUUACCCUGGCUGCCUCAGCUUCCCCGGCUACAUCAUCUACUCCAGCUUCCAGGCCCUCAGCCGGCACCAACGACCCAGAGGAAGCAGCACGAGUGCUGGCUGAGAAACGCAGACAGGCCAGAGAGCAACGGGAGAGAGAGGAGCAGGAGCGCCUUGAGCAGGAGCAGAGGUUAAGGAUUGCUCGUGAAGAGGGCAUGGUUCGGGAGGCGGAGGAGAGGAGGCGCAGGGAGGAGGAGGCGCACCUCAUGGCAGAGGACCAGCGUCUGAGAGACGAGGCGCAGCGUCUGGAGGAGGAGGAGGAGGUGCGGGAGAGAGCCAGGGCUGAACAGGAGCAGAAUGAACGCCUGCAGAAACAGAGGGAAGAGGCUGAUGCCAGAGCUCGUGAGGAGGCGGAGCGUCAGCGCUUGGAGAGAGAGAAGCACUUCCAGAAGGAGGAACAGGCGCGCCUGGAGAGAAAGAAGCGCCUUGAGGAGAUCAUGAAGAGGACACGUAAGAGUAGUGAUGCUGGAGAAAAGCCUACACUGCCAAAGGAUUCCAAUUCCCCAGCACAGGCCAAUGGCAAGGACACUACGGACAGAAGUAAAGCUCCUGAGAGCCAGCAGAGUGCAGCAGAGUCUGCCCCUGUGAUGAACGGUGUCCAGCCAGCCAAGCACCAGAACGGUCUCUCAGCCAAUGGCGAGGCUGCUGACUUUGAGCAGAUCAUUCAGAUGCCCAAUCACAGCGGGAGCAGCAACGGUGGGCCGGGGCAACUGGGGAGUGACAUAGUCAGUGACCCAAUCCUGGAGCCCUUCCUCAUGAAAACAGGUCCAAUGAAGCCUCAGCAUGCUGCAGGUAGCUAUGCAGAAGUCCUCUGAGACACCAGGCCUUACGCCACCGGUCGAUCCAAUCCAUUUGUGCCACAUGACAACAGCUUAGAAAUAAAAAGUGUGCCAAACAAAAAAAACAACUAUGGACUGCUUUUAAAUCACUAAAAACAUAUAUCUAAUGCCGCAGAGGUCGAGAAGGAGGAAGAAAACUCUGCGAAGAAAAACUUGUUGAAAAAUGAACAACAAAAAAAGCAAAAAAUGAUGUCUGUCUUCUUCACGGUGUGUUAUAGUGCAACAUGUGUUGAGUUUUAUUGAAAAUGUCACAUGCAGAGGUUAUGGUGCACCUUAAAAUGACUGACAGUGUAAUAUUAGGAAUUGUAGAGAAUUAUAAGACCUGGAAAUAUACAAUAUUUGACUAUGGUUGUAAUUAUUAUUAUUAUUAUCAUCAUCGUUGUUAUUCUAUUGCUAUUGUUAUCUUAAAUUGAACAAAGUGUGUGUUGAUUCUUUUUGUCUUGAAUAAUUGAGUUAUUGAACUAGGGGAGGGAGCAGAGCAGUGUGUAAAUGUAUAUGAGCCUGGCUGCCUAGGCCUCCUGCCAUGGGGGAGCUGUGGGAUAAAGCUUCAUGAAAUGGA